AUGCCUGCCGUGAAGUCGUCGCGCAUCCCUUCGUACACGACUGUACGGAAUGUGAUCGCUGAUUUUGGGCUGAUUAUGGCUCUAAUAUUUGGUGGCUGCUGCAGCAAUGCGCUCACAUUGGAGCUGACAACAAAGCAGUUGCCCGCUUCAGGCACACUUCUUACUCUCGCACAGUUUGUGGCUACAACGGUCAUUGCUCUGGUGGGUGAAGUAGAAAUGCGCUCUGUUCAUGGCUGCUAUGUUCCGUGCCUUAAGCGGCCAGGCGUUCCCCUUCGUCGCUGGCUCAUUCAAGUGAUCUUAUACUAUCUGACUAGUAUCCUCAACAAUUCGGCCUUUGCCUACAAUAUUCCCAUGUCUGUACACAUUGUCUUUCGCAGUGGUGGUAUGCUUGUCAAUAUGUUUUUGGGGUACACGAUUGAUGGAAAGAGAUACUCUUUGCUUCAGCUAAUGAGCGUGUGUUUGGUCACGAUCGGCGUCGUUGUGGCAACACUAUCGGCUGCCUUGCCGUCAGGCACCCAAAACACGUCUUCAAACGGAGAUUAUAUGUUCGGCGUGUUUCUUCUCAGCAUGGCAUUGUUGACGUCAGGUGCGAUGGGCAUAUUCCAGGAGCGCACAUAUACCAAGUAUGGACGGCAACAUUGGCAUGAAGCGCUUUUUUACUCUCAUCUUUUUUCCCUUCCGCUGUUUGCGUUCCAGUCGCGCGGUCUUUCUGCACAAAUUGCUGAUGCCAAUGCGACACCGCGUGCACCGCUCCCCAUGUGUCCUAUUUGCACCAAGAUGGGCCUCACUGUACCAUCUUAUUAUGUCAACCUCACCCUCAAUGUCCUCACGCAGCUGCUGUGUAUCAACGGUGUCAACCGUCUCACGUCCCGAGUGUCAAGCCUUAGUGUCUCACUCGUACUCGUUGUGCGAAAGGCCGUGAGUCUGGUUAUUAGUGUCGUUCUACUGAACCGACAAACAGGCAGUGCAGGUCUGUGGUCGGGUGCUGCUGCCGUCAUGAUUGGCACGAUUGGAUACACUUAUGGAGGGAGCAAGCGUCGUGUGCCGCAUGCAAAGAGUGCCUAG